UUACACCGUGCUCUAUUUACCAGAAUAAUAAAAUCAGAGGCUGUAAGGGUGAGAUUACAUGGAGUCUGGAAGUAUACUGUCAGUAUAGGUCAUUAUAGACACAUCGACACAUGUGACAUUUGAUAUUUUAACAAAAAUGAAUUUAAGGACUCCGUGUCGAUAUUUAUUAUUACAAGUUUGUAAUACAUUGAAGAAACGAUUUUCUAACAAAAGUUGUUGUCAUUUCAAUAAAUACGAUGCUGAGCCAAGCAUCGAUGAUAAGACAACACAUUUUGGAUUCAAAACAGUUAAAGAAUCUGAAAAAGUCAAAGAAGUUUACUCGGUGUUUGAAAAUGUGGCAAAUUCUUACGAUCAAAUGAACGAUGCAAUGAGCUUUGGAAUUCACAGACUUUGGAAAGAUUGUUUCGUGGAAAGACUUGCACCUGAACACGGUUGUAAGCUCAUCGAUUGUGCGGGGGGAACAGGAGACAUCACGUUUCGUUAUCUAAAGUAUUUGCAGAACAAAUGCAAUCCCAAAGCCAUCAAAAGUCAUGUAACUAUAUGUGACAUCAAUGCCAAUAUGCUGGAUGUUGGGCGAGCCAGAGCCAAGCGACAAGGUUUCACGAAGGAAAAGGGCUACGAUAUUGAAUGGGUUCAAGGAAACGCGGAGCAUCUACCUUUCGACAACGAUACUUAUACUGCAUACACUAUUGCCUUUGGCAUAAGAAACACGACUAGGGUAGAUAAGGCUUUAUCUGAAGCCUACCGAGUAUUGAAACCGGGUGGUAAAUUUUUGUGCCUAGAAUUUAGUUAUGUUGAUAAUGAUUUACUGAGGUGGGCAUAUGAUCAAUAUUCUUUUCAAGUGAUUCCAGUGUUGGGAACGCUUAUUGCUGGUCAGUGGCAGCCUUAUCAAUAUCUCGUAGAAAGUAUUAGGAAAUUUCCGAAACAAGAAGAGUUUAAACAAAUGAUCACUGAUGCUGGAUUCAAAAGAGUGACCUAUGAGAAUUUAACAUUUGGAACAGUGGCCAUACACAUAGGUCACAAGCAGUAACACUGUUUCAUAUAUUUUAUUAAAAUAAUGUUCGAUUGGUUGUAAAGUGGUAAGGAUUCAGUACACAAUAUCUAUGUAAUACAUUUUUUAUAUAU